CAUCAUCCAUAUCGUAGCAAGUGUUUCAGUUUGAGUAUCAUCCAUAGAUGGCUGAAUCCAAACAAAAAGAUCUUCCAGGUACCAAUGACAAAUUCCGGUGUCCUAUAUGUCUGGAGGAGGUAAGGAACCCCAAGUAUUUGCCAUGUUAUCAUACGUUUUGUAAAUCCUGUAUUCAGACCUACAUUUCAAGUACGGCGGCGUGUAGCAGUGAUAAUUCUAAAACUAUUCAGUGUCCCGUAUGUAGGAAGUCCAUCCAAGCUCCAAGUGAUGACGCCUCCAGUGAAGAAUGGGCCUGUAGUUUACCAGAAGAUAAACUAAUUCUGAGUAUGUCUGUAAACUUUAAUCAAAGUGAAAACCAGCUUUGCAUGUUUUGUCAGCGAAACAAUAAAACUGUUCAAGCAAAACAUUGGUGUAAAACGUGUUCGGCAAUUAUAUGUGACGAUUGCAAAUUCGUUCAUUCAUAUGUCCCAAUUCUAGAGAGUCAUAGAAUUGUGAGCCUUUCAGAUGUGGAGGAUUUGAAAAACAACAUAGAGAUAGAUGAACCUUGUUUGGUUCACAAGGGGAAGUAUGUUGAAGUAUUCUGUCAAGACCAUGACCAACUUUGUUGCAGCAUAUGCUUUGCCACCAAACACAGAACGUGUAAAACGGUGGAGUCCAUUGAUGAUGUAUCACUGGAUAUAGAUCAAAACAGUUAUAAUAUAACUCCUAAGUGUUUGAAAUUUUUUUUGACGAAACUUGAUGCUUUACAGGUUGAAUAUAAGAAUGUGCUUGUAAAUCUCAACGCGAAAAAGCAGGAAAUCUUGACAUGCACCGAAACAAAAGUAGAAGAAAUAAAAUCACUUCUAGACAAGGCCCACAACCAAUGGAUAAAGCAGUUCGAACAGAAGCAUUCUGAUGCUGUCGGUUAUAUUGAAAUUGCAUCAGAUGAAGUAAAACGGCUUGCAACAACAAUACAAGAGACUAACACUAUGCUGCAAAGAGUUCUAGAAAACGGAACAACAAGGCAAGUAUUUACUACUAGACACAAAAUCCGACAUCAAAUCUUGGAUCAUGUCAAUCAUUUGCGUGAUCUGAGCAUCUGGGAUUUAGUGCAGAGUUACAACCAACCUGACACAGAUUUCCUACGUCAAAUUUUAGAGGAUCAACACUUUCAAAACGUCGAGGUGCUUGAAAAAUCUGAUUCAACAUUAAACACAUUGAGAGAAUUCGCAUCUGAAUUGCACAGCAAUGAUAUAUUGCGCAGACGAAAAAUCAUGUCACAGAGAGACUGGAUGUCGGUUAGAUUUGAAAAACUUUCUGAAAGUAAUCUACCUACAUGGGUGUAUUAUGGCUUAUUUGUAAAUGACACAAAAGUACUUCUGUCCAUCGAAAAACCGCCAUCUUUACAGGUUUAUGAUGUUACCGACUCUAACGCAAAAUGUAUUCAAACAUAUCCAUGUUCGACCACUCCGUUUGGUCUGUGUCUAUCGGGAGAGAACAUGGAUAAAGUUUACGUUUCUUUUGAAAACCAUGUCGAUCAUUAUCAGAUCGAUAUCUCUGAUAGCGACUGUGUGAUUUUGAAGAAGAUGGAAACUUUUCAACUCAAAAAACAUAUGAAAGCCAUUUCACGCGGCUCAACAUUAAUACUCUCGGCCAGCGAUACAAAAAAUAUGAUUUGUACGUCUGAUUUUUCAGUCAAGCAUAGUCAAAAUAGUCAAAAGACUGGAGAUCGUCCAUUUAUUGCGGCUUCAUUCCAUUCCAAUCACCAUGCCAUUAUUAGAGGCAAUGAAGUUGUAGUUGCAGACCAAGACAGUAAAGAUGUUUUUACGAAUUUUGUAAACAUAUCAAAUCCACGUGGUGUAGAGUUUGAUUUGCAAGACAAUAUUUUCAUUUGCACGAUGACGAACAAACUGAGACAGAUAAAAUACGGAGGAGGUGAGAGUCGGAACAUUGAUUUGCCAGGGAUUAAACAGUCUUACAAUGUUGUACUUCACCCAACAGGGGAAAAAAUUCUGAUUCUGGGCUUCAAUAAACAAUUUUGUGUUUACAAAGUAUUGUGAAUGUAAAUGAACCGUUGUUUGCUAUGUAGUAUUAUGAUGACCUUUUCGGAAUAGAAAAUGA